CGCGGGGCGCGCCGUGCGUGCCGAGCAGGCCGCAGUGCGGGCCGGGGCCGCGGCGAUGCUGGAGGAGGCGAGCGAGGUGCUGGAGUCGGUGCUCAAGGCCUCGUGCCUCCCGCUCAGCGUCCUGCUCUUCGUGCCCGCCGUGCUCCUGCUCCUGGGGCCGCCGCCCGCCGCCGAGGCGGCGCACGAGUUCACGGUGUACCGCAUGCAGCAGUACGAGCUGGGCGGGCAGCCCUACGGCACCAGGAGCGCGGUGCUGAACACGGAGGCGCGCACCGUGGAGGCGGACGUGCUGAGCCGCCGCUGCGUCAUGAUGCGCCUGGUGGACUUCUCCUACGAGCAGUACCAGAAGGCUCUGCGCCAGUCCGCCGGGGCUGUGGUCAUCAUCCUGCCACGAUCCAUCUCCUCUGUCCCCCAGGAUGUCGUGAGGCAAUUCAUGGAGAUAGAGCCAGAAAUGCUUGCUAUGGAAACCAUUGUGCCAGUCUACUUUGCAGUGGAAGAUGAGGAGCUGCUGUCUAUCUAUGAACAGACACGGGCUGCUUCUGCCUCACAGGGCUCAGCCUCAGCUGCAGAAGUUCUGCUGCACACAGCAACUGCCAAUGGCUUCCAGAUGGUGACCAGCGGGGCCCAAAGCAAAGCCAUCAAUGACUGGCUCAUCCCCAGUGUGGAGGGAAGGCUGACAGGGCUGGGUGGAGAAGACCUGCCCACUGUUGUGAUAGUUGCCCACUACGAUUCCUUUGGAGUGGCUCCAUGGCUAUCCCACGGGGCUGACUCCAAUGGCAGUGGAAUCUCGGUGCUGCUGGAACUGGCCAGGCUGUUCUCUCGCCUCUACACCUACAGAAGGACCCAUGCUGGGUAUAACUUGCUGUUCUUUGCAUCUGGAGGUGGCAAGUUUAAUUAUCAAGGAACUAAGCGGUGGCUGGAGGACAAUUUGGACCACACUGAUUCCAGCCUGCUGCAGGACAAUGUAGCAUUUGUUCUCUGCCUUGACACUCUGGGUAGAGGCAAUAGCCUUCAUCUUCAUGUCUCAAAGCCUCCCAAGGAGGGCACCUUGCAGCAUGCAUUUCUCAGAGAACUGGAGACGGUCGUUGCCAGCCAGUUCCCAGAGGUGAAGUUUUCCAUGGUGCACAAGAAGAUCAACCUGGCUGAGGACAUGCUGGCGUGGGAGCACGAGCGCUUCGCCAUCCGGCGCCUGCCGGCGUUCACCAUCUCACACCUGGAGAGCCACCGCGACAGCCUGCGCAACAGCAUCAUGGACAGGAGGGCACGAAUAGACACUAAAGCACUGACCAGAAAUACUCAGAUCAUUGCUGAGGCUUUGACAAGGGUCAUCUACAAUCUAACAGAAAAGGGAGCACCUGCAGAUAUGCAGAUCUUCACAGAUCAAAUGCAAAUCCAGCAGGAGCAGCUGGAGUCAGUGAUGGACUGGCUGAGCAGUCAGCCCAGGGCUGCCCAGCUGAUUGAUAAAGACAGCACCUUCCUCAACACUCUAGAAUAUUACAUGGGGCGCUACCUGAAGGAUGUCAAGCAGCAUCACGUGAAGGCAGACAAACGGGACCCCGAGUUUGUUUUCUAUGACCAGCUGAAGCAGGUGAUGAAUGCAUACAGGGUCAAGCCAGCAAUCUUUGACCUGCUCCUGGCAGUCUGCAUUGCAGCCUACCUUGGCGUUGCCUAUGUUGCAGUGCAGCACUUUGGUCUCCUUUACAAGAUGAUACAGAGAUUAUCCCUUAAAACCAAGCAGCAGUGAAGCCCCAAGUCCCCCCCACCCAGCAGCACUGAGCCAUCGGUGAGCCCAUUGGGAACCCUCUGCCUUCCACUGAACCCUGCUGUUCCUCUUCCUUUGGCUCCUCUUUGCUACUGUAUAGAGGGGAGGAAAGCAUAAAGAAAAUGAAAUUUUAACUCUUGUGCACCUUUGAAGUGCUUUUCUUCAUCUUCUUCCCCUGACCUGCAUCAUGUCUGGUUUUCCUUUGCAUUUUGGUGAGGGAGAGGCUGAGAGACUCGAGCAGUUCCUGCAGUCUGGUUGUGAGCAGCUUCUCUGAGUGUGUAACACAAAUUCCAGCACCUUCAUGGACACUGUCACACAGCCAGCCUGGAAACUGAAACUACAGCCUGGUGUGGUAUCUCUGCCCAGCACACAAGGACUUGGAGCAGUUGUUUAAAAGAAAAAAAAACCAAAAAGUGCACAUGCAAAUUAAAGAGAAUGCAAUUAGUACAUUUCCUUAUGGCACCUCUUCCUUGAGUUCACUGCUGGCUUUAGGGAGUUGUGCUGAGCAAGCAGUGUCUGCAGCAAGCACCUUCUUGCAUUUUGUUAGAACUCACCCCCUUUUAGGAGGUGCACUGAGUGAUUUUGACUGUUGUUAGCAGCAUGAGGAAAGAUUAAGAUGCAUUUCUGGCAUGAGGGUUCUUGCCAGGGACAGGUUCUCUCCUGUCUCUCUUUACCAUCUGCUUGAUUUCUCUGGAAGUUUUUGGUCCUUGAACAGUUCACAGCUGCCACCACUCUGUGCUAAAGUCUUGCUUGAUUUUUGAGGGGUGUUCCAUAGUCCAGCUGCUGCAGGACCAUGUUCUGUGCUGUUCCCUGUACUUACACAAACUGGUUCCAUUGAUAACAGGAGCAAGAGCAGCUCGGACCUGGAAAACAGAUUGAGAUGCUACAAGCCCUAGGCUCGUUGUAGUUCUAGAAGAUAACCCUGAGCCACUGUCCUGCCACCCAGCAAGUUUUCAGUCCUUUUCUGUAAUCUCUUCUGUGUACAUGAAGUCUCCUCAUAAGCCAUUGUCUCUUCAUAAGCCACAGUGAUACUUUUUUUUAAUUUAAGCUAUUAUUUGUAAUUAAAACAGCGUAUCUUACAGAGGCUGAAAAGCUAUUUUUGAAUCGAGGUGGACCUUUAUUUUGUGUAUGCAGGGAAAAUCCCAGCUGUGGAUUCCUGUUUGCACACAGCUCCUGUGCAUGUGCUUGUCAGAAGAGGCCAAUUGUUGUGGCCAGUCACUGUCCUUUGGAUGGGCACUAAAGCACUGAUUUCCAUCCUCCUCUGUUUAUUUUACUGAAAUCUCCUUCUUGGAGUACCUUUACCCCAUGAUGUGAACUUUCUGCUACUUUAAAUAUGUAGCAAUUUGUUCUUUAAAGGGUCUUGUCUUUUCCAGGAGAGCCUGCUGGUGUCAGCUGCUCACCAUGGUGUCAGCAUGGUGCCAAGCACUCCAGAGCUGUCAGCCACGCAGGGAAUCCUGCUUUUUCCUCAGAUUUUGAAUGCACAUUUGAAAUGUGUCUCUCUGCAUGCGUGAAGUGCUCAUGGCAUUCCUCUGCCAAAUGAAUUUAUAAUGACUUCAGAAGUUGCUGGAGUGGCUGGAAGGCAAGUCUUGAUUGUUUUCCACUGGUUUUUAUGCUCUGCCCAUAAAGACUGCAUCUGCUGUGCCCUGGGAGGCUGCAUGCCCUGGGCUGGGUAGGUUUAGAACAUGGUACAGUGGCUCUCUGAAGAACUCUGUAGGCUCUGAAUAUCUGGGAGCAGUUUGAGUCCUCCAGCUGCAGCUUCCAUUUCUGGUGUGUUACACUUAAGGAGGUGGUGUUCCCUCCAGUCUAGCAAAUUAUUUCAGCAGUCUUAAUGAUUACCUCUGUUACUUUGCUGAGAAAAAUAGAAAAAUAAUAUUAGCAAUGCUGCUGCAGCUUGAGUUGAUGUGUGUAAAAUCUGCCAGCAGUGGGCAAGAGCGAACAGAACAGACCUGGAGCUUGUGGAAACUGUCAGCCUUCAGUUCUUCCAGAUGAGGAGCUCAAAGUUCAGAGUCAAAAACUUCCACCCAGUCUGUUUGCAGAGGCUGUAGCACAAAGAAAACACCUUAGCUCUGUGUGGUCUCAGCAAUGAACUGUUAACACUCCUGAUGCAGUGCCAGAAGGCAGUGGAAACAACCUAAAAAAAAAGAUGGGUAAGAUUAAUGAGGGGAGUUUAAAAACCUGAGGGGUAUUUGGGAUGGUACAUUGCUCUCUCCCACACAAGGUUAGUUUGUCCUGUAAUCCUUUUGUGUCUCUAUCCCUGGCUGCCAUAAAAAGUACUUAUUACAACAGAUAAAAGAGUUUCUGCAUUUGAUCAAAGUGCAUGUGCACUGAAACAUAUAAGCUCAAAUCUGAGACAGUCAAAUCCCAACUUCCUCAUAGCUGGAGCAGAGUGCCCAUCCUGGGAUUGAAUUUAAAUCCAAAUUUCCUCAUAGGUGGAGCAGAGUUCCCAUCCUGGGAUUGAAUUUAAAUCCCAAUUUCCUUGUAGCUGGAGCAGAGUUCCCAUCCUCGGAUUGAAUUUAAAUCCCAAUUUCCUUGUAGCUGGAGCAGAGUGCCCAUCCUGGGAUUGAAUUUAAAUCCCAAUUUCCUCAUAGCUGGAGCAGAGUGCCCAUCCUGGGAUUGAAUUUAAAUCCCAAUUUCCUCAUAGCUGGAGCAGAGUGCCCAUCCUGGGAUUGAAUUUAAAUCCCAAUUUCCUCAUAGCUGGAGCAGAGUGCCCAUCCUGGGAUUGAAUUUAGUUCCCACAUUGGUGUUUGCUUGGGUAAAUCAACAGAGACGUUUGCAAAGAGCCCCUGGAGCUGAUCAUAACUGAUCAGUUCGGUCACCAACACAGAAGCAGGUGUGAUAAAAUAAAAGUUCUCCACAACAUGGCAGAAGAGCUCUGUGUAGCUGAUUCUUGUUGCCCUUAUUUUUUACCUAUCCUCUUUUUUUUGAGGAGUUUGCCUGGCCUGUAGAGAAGAGCAUGGAAAGCAUUAUAUCCACAUACACACAAGAAAAUCAUUUUCUUUGCUUUUUAUCUGACUUCACCUGUUGUCCUGGUGCUGUCAAGAGGCUGCAGCUCACAAAAAACUGGUUUUCAAGUAGGGUUUAACUGAAGCUGUUAAUUCCUUCUGUCCACUUCCACCUGCAUGGGCACUAUUGGGAGUUGUAUGGGAGUAAUUAGGAUUAUUUUAGUUCAUCUCCCAAAUGACAGGGGUUAGUUUAUUGUUGGGAGAGAAGUAAUGCUGUGCAAUAUGAAUUCUGCUCAGUGCAGACAAGAUCCUGAAGCCAGAAUGGAAUUAGGUCUCCCACUGUCUGUGGCUGAAAGUCACCACAAUCUAUUUAGACAUUCAAAACCACAGCUAUACCCAAAAUUGCUGUGGGGCUUGGUUUUGAGGGUGUUUUGUUUGAUUUAACUCUCGUGUCCUUACAUUGUUCAUGGCCCAAGCCCAAAUCCCAGGCUGCUCCUGCACCCCGUGUUUAAGCUUGGUUUUAUAUUUCAGAGGUUUUACAUUUUAUUUGGUCUUGAUCCAGCAAGCUGAAAUGCUGGGGCUGCUCCUGGAUGUCUCAGAAAAUUGGGUCUCUGGGUACUUGAGUGUGGACUCCUGCUUGCUCACUUUGAUCUGUUUAGUUUCCAUUUGUAGUUACUGCAUAGCGACUUCAAGGUUAUAAUCUGGAAUAUUUGCAGCUCAGGAAAAAAGAUUUGAUUUAUCUAGCAAUGUUAACUCAAUUAUUUAUCUCUUGUGUGCCCUGAAGAACAAAUGUAUAUCGAGGUGAAUAUUUAAAAGCUAAUAGAAAAUUCAAUGCAGUUGAUUUACAUAUUUUAGGACUAUAAAUGUAAUAAUAUUUAAGUAUUUAAUUUUUUUUAAUUUGUUUGUCCCUUUUUCCCUUGGAAAAUAAACCAAGUGAAUAGGUUUGAUGGA